AUGCUAGACAAGUUCCCCGCCACGGUUGACCCGACAGUGUGGUGGCCACAAGGACCGCAACAGAAAGGACUCGAUGGUAGUAACAGAGGAAGGAAGGGAAGCAAUGGAUGGAAUGCAAAGCUGGAGGAGGAAAUGAGACAGAAAGCUUUGAAGAGGAAGGACUACACAGAAGAGUAUGUGAGGCUGAGCAGGACCAAUGCUCUGGCAGCCAUAGUGAACACAAUGGAGUAUGGUGGGCAAGUAGGGAUGGUAUUUGAGAUGUGUAGGAGCAAUACUGGAUUCUUUCGGCUCAUGGAGGAGUCCUUUGGGUCCAUGUUGAUGGAAAGGGAGGUGGAGAAGAGAGAGAAUGGGGAGUUGAUUGAAAUGAAGGAAGCUCUACAACUAGGAAGGAGCUUGUCAGAGCUCAGGGAUCUUGCAGCUUCUUCUUCUUCUUCUUCUUCUUCCAAAAGCUAUGGAGAGACCACAGAAGAAUUUGCCAGCAAGCUCUUCUGA